AUGAAAGCCGUCACUAUCAGAAACUCGGGUAUUGACGACCAACUCGAGGCGGUCGUGGAGACCAGGCCACUUCCAAAGCUACGGGCGGGGUAUUUCCUAGUCAAAGUCAUGGCAGUAGCAAUCAAUCCCGCCGACUUGCUGGUGCUAGACUUCAAGAUGGCAGUCCCGGGUUCACUAGCUGGUUGCGACUACGCGGGCACGGUCGUUGAGCUUGGCUCUGAUGUGCAGAGGGAUUUCAAGCUAGGCGACCGUGUCUGCGGUUGUACUCGUAGCACUGAUCCGGCGCAAUUCGAGAACGGAACAUUUGCCGAAUAUAUUGUCGUCAAGGCUGAUUUACAGCUGAGAAUCCCCAGUGGGAUGGGAUUCGAGCAGGCAGCCUCUUUAGGGGUCACUACGCUCACGACCGGACGUUUUAUAUUGGAGGAUGGCUCGGUGAACACAAGUAAGCAAAAUCCAAGGCAGAUCUUGGUGUAUGGCGGUAGUAGCGCGAUGGGAACCAUGGUGAUCCAGUUUGCGAAGCUGGCAAAUUUUACCGUCCUCACCACCAGCGCACCACAUAAUGCGGACCUAGUACGAUCGUACGGUGCAGACUUCGUUGUUGACCACUAUUCGCCCGACGCCCCCGCCGAGCUGCUUGCAAUCGCCAAGAAGAAUGCAUUAGCCCUUGGUCCACUGACACUCUGUGUUGAUAAUAUAUCCAGAGCAGAUUCGGCUGCAUUUUGUGCAAAGGUUUUAGCGCCCCAGGACGAGACCCAACAGUCAGAUGUCCUGUACAGUGUUCUCACACCCUUGACACCGCCGCUUCCCGGUAUCACGACACUCCCCACUGUUGGCUACUCCUUCCUCGGCGAGGAAUACGAAUUCAUGGGACAAGUCGUUCCGGCCAGUACUGAGGAUUUUGAGCGUGCUCGACGAUUUGCGGUAGUUGCAGAGAGGUUGCUCCAGUUGGGACAUGUGAAGCCGCAUCCAGUUGAUGUCAGAACAGGUGGGCUCGAGGGUGUCGUCAAGACUGGAUUGCCAGAGUUGAGGAAUGGUAAGGUUAGCGGUAAGAAACUCGUCUACGUGAUGUGA